UAUAAAUAGUGGUAUGGAAUGUGUUGAACGGCAGACAAGUUCAAGUUUUCGAACCGAAAGCACCAGAUCAAUAAUCAAAAUGUUCAAAUCCGCUGUUGUGUUCCUGGCCAUCGUUGCCUGCGCUGCUGCCAAGCCUGGACUCCUGGGUGCGCCUUUGGCCUACUCUGCUCCCCUGGCUUACACUGCUCCUGCUCCAGUUGUGACCGCAACCAGUAGCCAGGUUAUCGCCAGGAACUACAAUGGCAUCGCCGCUGCUCCGGUGAUUGCUCCCGUGGUGGCCAAAUACGCGGCUGCUCCUCUGGCUGCUCCUGUGGCUGCUCCUCUGACUGCUCCUCUGGCUGCUCCUCUGGCUGCUCCUCUGGCUGCUCCCUUGGCCUACUCCUCGCCGUUGGCCUACUCCGCACCACUGAGCUACGCCGCUGCUCCUGCACCACUUCUCAUCUAAGUUACUAAACUGUGAUCAUCUAAAACGAUAAAUAUAGUAAAAAUGAACGCUUAAAUCGA